GCCAAAGCACACAGCGAUCCAUCACCAUCCUCUGCACCCAUCGUCUUCUUCUCCGCAAAUCUUGGGUUAGUCAGAGACUCCGGGCGACAAUGGCUGACGAAGUUCAGACGCUCACCAGGGCCUUCUCAGGUCUGGGAGGCCUGGGUGUGGACGAGCAGACGAUGGUGACGGCGCUGGCGAAGUGGCGGAAGCAGCCGGAGAAGCGGUCCGGGUUCCGGAAGAGCUUCCCGGGUCUGUUCAAGGAUCACGGCGUGAUCGAGAAGGUGGAGGACGACUACAUCCUGCACCUCACCGCGGAGUUCUCCCGGUUCAAGAACCUGAUGGUGCUGUGGGCGAUGCACCCGUGGGAGCGCGACGCCCGCCUGGCGCACCACGUCCUCCACCAGGCGCACCCGGCCGCCAUCGUCGUGGAGAUCGCCUGCACCAGGUCCGCCGAGGAGCUCCUCGGCGCGCGCAAGGCGUACAUGGCGCUCUUCCACCACUCCCUCGAGGAGGACGUCGCGUACAGCGCCAAGGACAAGCCCUACUGCAGCCUGCUGGUGGGGCUGGUGAGCGCGUACCGGUACGAGGGGCCCAAGGUGAGCAGCGACACGGCGAAGGCGGAGGCCAAGGCGCUGGGCGCGGCGGUGAAGAGCGCCGGCGCCGCCGGCACCAAGCUGGUGGAGAACGACGAGGUGGUCAGGAUCCUCAGCACCAGGAGCAAGCCCCACCUGGUGGAGACCUUCAAGCACUACAAGGAGCUGCACGGCAAGCACAUCCUGGAGGACCUCGCGAGCGAGGAGACCCUGGGGGAGACCGUGCAGUGCCUGGCAACGCCGGAGGUGUACUUCAGCCAGGUGAUGGAGGCGGCGCUGAGGGACGGCGCGGACAGCCACGGCAAGGAGGCCCUGUCGCGGGUGGCGGUGACACGGUCGGACGUGGACAUGGACGGCAUCAGGGCCGCAUACCAGGAGCAGUUCGGGACCAAGCUCGAGGACGCUGUCGCCGGCAAGGCCCACGGACAAUUCAAGGACGCCCUCAUCUCCCUCAUCGCCGGCAAGUAAAUUGCUUGAUUGAUUACGGACGGAUCUUCUUCUUCUUUUUGUUCUUGCGGUGGCACCGGCGAGCCAGUUGUGGCACCCCGGCCGUGCGUGUGUUGAUUUCUUUCGAUAUCUCAUUUCUGUAUGUGUUUUGUAUGUUGAUUGUUGAAUUGUUGUCGAUCGAUCGAGCCUGUAACAUAUGCAGCUGAGGUUGGGACGUCAUGGAUGAAUAAAAUUGUAAUCAAUCAAGCAUAAAUCUUUCGAAUAAAAAGGAAGUUGGUCCUAGGAUCCCUUUCACACUA